CACCUUAAAGCAGGAGCUUCGUUGAGCUGUGACUCCAUUACGGAGGGGGAGGCUGGAGGAAGAUAUCUGACACCACAUCUCUCCUCCUGUUCUGACUCCACCCUGAGGAGGUUUAAAAGGCCACGAGACACCUGAGACACCUCAGUGUGGUCUGACAUCUUAUACUCACCUGGUUCACUUCUCUCUGCGUCUCGUUGACUCAGUCGUUCGUUCUCUUCUCAGCCUGUUUUUACAAGUCUUCCUCAUUUUCUUAUUAGUUUCCCCAGUCUCCUGCUCUUCUAGCUGUCUGUUUCCACCACCUGCUUCUCUAGUUUCAUAUCUCCGUCUCUUUGUCUCACCAUGAGCCUGAGUCGUACCAAGCGGAUCAGCUCCAGUAACUCCGUCCGGAGCAGCAGUGGCUCGAGGAGGCUGAGCGGUUUUGGUCCAGGUCCGGGUGGUUUCAGUGGCAUCUCCCUGAGCAGCAGCUCUCUCUACGCCGGCACCAACGGGCACCACCACGGCCUGGGGGCCCCGCUGGCCUCGCUGUCCGUCAACAAGAGCCUGCUGGCCCCCCUCAACCUGGAGAUCGACCCCAGCCUGUCCAUGAGCCGAGCCAACGAGAAGGAGCAGAUCAAGAGCCUCAACAACCGCUUCGCAACCUUCAUAGACAAGGUUCGUUUCCUGGAGCAGCAGAACAAGAUGCUUGAGACAAAACUGGAUUUGCUGCAGGGUCAGGGGGUGGGCCGGUCCAACGUGGAGCCCCUGUUUGAGGCCUACAUGGCGGGUCUGAGGCGCCAGAUGGACCUGGUCAACAACGACAAGACCAAGCUGGACGGGGAGCUGAGGAACAUGCAGGGCCUGGUGGAGGACUACAAACACAAAUAUGAGGAUGAGAUUAACAAGAGAAACAACCUGGAGAACGAUUUUGUUAUCCUAAAGAAGGAUGUAGACUCGGCCUACCUGGUGAAGGCCGAUCUGGAGGACAAGGUGGGAGCUCUGACUGACGAAAUCAACUUCCUGCGUAACGUCUACGAGGAGGAGCUGCGUGAGCUGCAAGCCAGCAUCAAGGACACCUCGGUAGUGGUGCAGAUGGACAACAGUCGCAGCCUGAACAUGGAGCAGAUCGUAGCUGAGGUCAAAGCCCAGUACGAGGAGAUCGCAGCCCGCAGCCGAGAGGAGGCCGAGGCCUGGUACAAGACCAAAUUCGACCAAAUGUCGGUGCAGGCGAGUCAGUACGGAGACGAGCUCCGCAUCGUGAAGGGCGAGGUCGCCGAGGUCAACCGCCUGAUCGGCCGCCUGCAGAGCGAGAUAGAGGCCGUCAAAGCACAGCGUGGCGGUCUGGAGAACCAGCUGGCUGAGGCUGAGGAGCGUGGAGAGCUGGCGGUGAAAGAAGCCAAAGUCCGGACCAGAGACCUGGAGGACGCUCUGCAGAGGGCCAAGCAGGACAUGGCCCGACAGCUCCGAGAGUACCAGGACCUGAUGAACCUGAAACUGGCUCUGGACAUCGAGAUCGCCACCUACAGGAAGCUGCUGGAGGGAGAGGAGGACAGACUGGGACAGCAGUCCAUCCUCCACAUCCAGACUGUGUCCAACUACAGUACUAAAAGUACUAACGGUUACCAUAGCAACAGCUGCUCUCCUGCUCCCAAACUGCUGAUAAAGACGACUGAGACCAGAGACAACUCCACCAGAUACAGCACUCACUGAGAGGACACAUCAAGUACUGAUUGUACUUUACUUUACUUCUACUCCAUUACAUCUCAGAGGGAAAUACUCUACUAAUAAUUACUCAACACAUUACAUUACUGCAGACAAAACAUACCAAAAUGUACAAGUACAUCUGAAGCCAUUAGUCCAUUAAUCAAUUAGUCUAAUUAAUUGUCAACUAUUUUGUUAAUCAUUUUUCAUGUAUAAACCUUAGCUGGUUCCAGAUUGAAUAAUGUUAAUGUGUUAAUACUAAUGUUAAUGUGUUAGUCCUAAU